GAGAGGGGACUACUCGCCACACUUUGCUGUUUUUUUUUUUGUAACGAAUAGCCUGUUUUGAGGAGGUUUUUGGUGUCACAGGUGGACCUGUUCUGAAACUCUGAGGUCGGGAACUGCCGCGCAACACUUGCCUCGUGAUAACUUCUACCUUUCAUCCUACCGCCGCGCUGUGAAACAGUCGGGCAGUCAUGCUGUAGAAGUGUCGCUGAAGCUAAACUGAGGAGUUGAAGUGAAGUUUUGAGGUACGCAUGAGUCGGACCAUGCAACAUAACAGAGGACUAAAGAACCUGAGGCUGCUGCUCCUGUGCCUCUUCAUUGCUAUCCUCGCCACAGGAGUACAAGCGGGUGGGAAGAAGCACAGUGGCCCCUGUGGAGGAAGAGACUGCAGCGGAGGAUGUAAAUGUUUCCCAGAAAAGGGAGCCAGGGGUCCCCCUGGUCCUCUUGGCAAUCAGGGCCCCCACGGGCCUCCGGGGCGACCUGGUGAUGCAGGCAUCCAGGGACAGAAGGGGCAGAAAGGUGACCGUGGACAUGGCGGCAACAUCGGUCCUAAAGGAAAUGUGGGAAUGACCGGAGUUCCAGGGUUUUCUGGAAACGAUGGCAUUCCGGGACACCCGGGACAAGCCGGCCCCAGAGGAAAACCAGGCGCUGACGGCUGUAACGGGACAAAUGGAGAUUCAGGCUCAUCGGGGCAACCGGGUUACAACGGCUUACCUGGUUAUCAGGGACAAUCAGGCAGGAAGGGAGAGAAGGGAGAUUCUCUGGAGCUGAGUGUGUUCAUGGAGCGUUUCAGGGGAGAUCCAGGCAGACCGGGGGGAAACGGUAUAAUUGGGCCACAAGGAAACUCAGGAUGGCAGGGUAACAGAGGCAUCGCAGGACCAAAGGGUCCCCCAGGGCCUCCAGGUCCCCGAGGACCGAAGGGCACCAUGACCACAGUGCUCAAGGGACUUAAAGGAAUCCAGGGGGACAUCGGACAACCGGGGGAACCAGGAAACUCAUCUACUCAUCCACAUAGUCGGCCCGAUUUUGGAACGCCGAUACCUACUGGGCCUCAAGGGGAGAAAGGUCAGAAAGGAGAAAUAGGAGAUCUGGCGGACAACAAAGGAGAGACUGGCAUAAAGGGGAUACCAGGACCACGGGGCUUUCCUGGUGCAGAUGGGAGACCUGGACCAAGGGGUGAUCUUGGUGAUCAAGGACCAAAAGGCAGAGAUGGUCAAAAGGGAAUCAGAGGAGAUGCAGGAGAACUGAUUCCAUCUGGGAACUGGCCAUGGUCAUCAGGAGGUCCUCCUGGUCCUCCUGGUGAUCAGGGUCCACAAGGAGAGAGGGGCCCAGUUGGAGACCAAGGCUUCACGGGACCCCCAGGACGCCCAGCCUAUGAUUCACAGCAACAAGUGUUUGAUUUCUUCGGGCCAUUUGGAAGAAAAGGAGAAGAGGGAGACAAAGGCCAACAAGGGGAACCUGGAUUUUCUGCUGUCAUUCCAGGACCCCCCGGCAGCAAGGGGCGCCCGGGGGAGAGGGGCCCCCCAGGUCCCAAAGGAUCAUGGGCUGAGUUCUUCAAGGGAGCCCCCGGCUGGAGAGGACGCCCAGGAAAUGGAGGCUUUAAAGGACUGAAAGGUGAUCAUGGGGAAUGUCAAUGCAUCAUUGUUAACUCUAAACCGGGGAUCCCUGGUCCUGCUGGUGAACCCGGUGAUCGUGGGAUGACUGGAGAGUUUGGUCAGGAGGGAGAUGUGGGAGACCCCGGUCCCCAGGGAGACGACGGAGUCCCAGGAUCUCCUGGACUCGGCGGUGUUCCAGGUCCAAAAGGUCGGAAAGGAGACCUGGGUGUGGCCACGCAGAAAGGAUCCUCUGGAGACCCAGGCGUUCCCGGGCGAGAUGGUGAGGCAGGAUCACCGGGUGCUCCUGGUAGAAAUGGGUUGCCUGGUUUCCCUGGGAGCACAGGUCCUAUAGGAGAAGGAACAAGCGGAGAACGUGGAGACAAAGGUUUCCCGGGUCGGCCUGGUCUGCCUGGUGCAGCCGGAAUAAGGGGCGGACCAGGAGCAGAUCUCAAGGGCACUAAAGGCCAGCCGGGUUUACCUGGUGACGACGGCCUUGCAGGAUAUGAAGGAGUUCCCGGAACACCUGGAAUUCCAGGCGGCUGUAUUCCAAGAGGAGAUGGAGGACAGGUGGAUGUAACAGGUAGUCCUUGUAGUGCUGUUCCAGGACCUCCUGGACUGCCCGGUCCUCCAGGGCCAGCUGGAUCACCUGGUUUCCCAGGUGCUCCAGGCCAAAAAGGACCGCAAGGUCAGUUUGGACCACACGGAGAGAAAGGAGAGAUAGGAGAGCAAGGGAAAGGCGGACCUCCUGGACCUCCAGGUUUUACCGGCCCUCGUGGAGACUUGGGGGUUCCCGGGAGCAAAGGUUCAGAAGGAGCUUUUGGUUUCCCCGGUGUGCCCGGGCGACGUGGGCCUCAGGGUGAGAAGGGUGUUCACGGAGAGAUAAUUGGAGCAUCGACAGGACCGCCAGGUGACUCUGGGCCUUCUGGACUUCAGGGAAACAAAGGCCAGACCGGUGAACCAGGAGAGCCCGGCAUGAAGGGAAUGGGCGGCAUGCCCGGUAUGAUCGGUACCAAGGGUGAGCGUGGUCCUUGGGGCCUGCAGGGGGAGGAAGGGAGGCCCGGGCCAGCCGGCAAGUACGGUUACCCGGGGGACCCUGGGAGAGCAGGUCUCCCUGGGCCGCUUGGUGACACUGGACUACCAGGUUUCACUGGACCGAGGGGACCUGAAGGAGAUCCAGGAGCUCCAGGUCCUAUAGGGUUAAAAGGCGUCCCCGGGUCUUAUGGUGAUGAUGGUGUUGUUGGAGAGCUCGGCUCAACGGGCGACCCAGGACAGCCUGGUAGAGACGGACGCCCUGGACUUCCGGCAAUGAAGGGUUACAAAGGGUCCACGGGUAUGUCGGGUUUCGACGGGGUCCGGGGUGAACCGGGCGUGAAGGGCUUCGGUGGAGAAAGAGGAGAACCUGGAUUGUUGGGUCAAAGUGGUCCAAAAGGAUUAAUGGGUCAUAGUGGAGUGAAAGGUGAUCGGGGUCUGAGGGGGCCACUCGGGGAUAAACCUGAAAUCCCUGCUCAGAAACAUGACAUGAAGGGAGCCAAGGGAGACCACGGACACCUAGGAAAUCAGGGUUUCACUGGACCAAGAGGUACCAAGGGUCUCCAGGGUGUGCCGGGCACAGAGGGCUCUCAUGGUCUUCCUGGAGAGCCCAGCUAUGAUAAAGGUUACAUAGGAGACCCAGGUCCACAGGGGCUGCCGGGGUUAAAAGGAAUGCCAGGCCUGACAGGAAAUCGUGGAAUCACUGGUUUCCAGGGAAUGUCAGGCGACAGUGGAAUCAAAGGGAGUCCUGGAGCCUAUGGUGCACCAGGUGACAAAGGAAGGAAUGGAAUCCAAGGUGAGACCGGCCCUCGUAUCGAGCUUCCAGGACCUCCUGGACUGAGAGGAGAGUCUGGUGUUCCAGGAGAUCCAGGCCAGAAAGGUUUCUUUGGAACACCUGGAGACAGGGGUUCACCUGGUUUUGAAGGUAUUGAAGGGAAAAGAGGAGUCCCCGGUGAUCCAGGAAUAUUCGGAUUCCAUGGCCCAGAUGGGCAGAGGGGGACUCCUGGUAACCAAGGUCAGAAAGGUUUUCCUGGAUCUUCUGGAAAAGAAGGAUACCCAGGAUUCCCUGGCUUCCCAGGAAACAGAGGUUUCCCUGGCCUGAAGGGUCUUUAUGGCUUAGACGGAUUGAAAGGACAAAAGGGUUUCGCUGGAACACCAGGUCUGGAUGUCUCUGGACUAGCUGGGGAACCCGGAGUCAAAGGAGAGAAGGGAGAAAGCGGUAUCCCCAACAACCAACCAGGUUUUCCUGGCACAGAGGGUUUGAAAGGUUUCCAAGGACCCCCAGGAGACCAUGGUCCUUCUGGACAGCCGGGAUUCCGCGGCCCAGCUGGACCAGAUGGGACCCCAGACAGACCUGGACCAAGUGGGGACCAUGGCUUUGUAGGACCUAAAGGGUACCAAGGGUUCCCUGGACCCAGUGGGAUUCCGGGUGUGGAUGCUCCUCCUGGAGAGAAGGGUAUACCUGGAAAUCACGGGUCUCCUGGAAUCCCUGGUCAGAGAGGGUACAAAGGAAAUCAAGGUCCUUUUGGAUACAGGGGGGCCAACGGAGUCUCUGGGAAGAAAGGAGUGAAAGGAGAGCAAGGGCUGAUGGGAGUUCCUGGUCAGAUGGGUUUGAAGGGAGAAAGAGGGCCACCCGGUCCAAAAGGAAACACUGGAAUCCCAGGUCUGCCUGGGACUACAGGCAUCCCGGGUCCUCUUCCAAUUCCCAUCAGCAUGCCUGGAGACAGGGGCCCUGCAGGACCACAGGGUAUCAAGGGACCAAUGGGGUUCAAAGGUGUAACGGGGCCACAGGGCCCCCCCGGGAGUAACGGUUUCAUGGGACCCAUCGGUCAGAAAGGCAUGCCUGGGAUCGGUGGUAGACCAGGAACGCCGGGAUUUCGUGGAGAGGACGGACAAAUAGGCCACCCCGGUCUGCAAGGCAUGGAAGGUCGGCAUGGCAACACUGGUGUCCCAGGUUUACCUGGUAUGCCAGGCCGCAGCGUCAGCGUGGGAUACCUGCUGGUGAAACACAGUCAGUCAGAACAGACGCCCAUGUGUCCUGUGGGGAUGUCCAAGCUGUGGGACGGCUACAGUCUGCUGUAUUUUGAGGGACAGGAAAUGGCCCACAAUCAGGACCUGGGUCUGGCUGGCUCCUGCCUCCCUCGCUUCAACACCAUGCCCUUCCUCUACUGCAACCCCGGAGACGUUUGUUACUACGCCAGCAGGAACGAUAAGUCCUACUGGCUGUCGACGACGGCUCCUCUUCCCAUGAUGCCGGUGGAAGAGGCAGAGAUCAAACCGUACAUCAGCCGCUGCUCAGUGUGUGAAGCUCCAUCGGUCGCCAUCGCCGUCCACAGCCAGGACAUCACCAUCCCACAGUGUCCUGCAGGCUGGCGCAGCCUGUGGAUUGGCUACUCCUUCCUCAUGCACACAGCAGCAGGAAAUGAAGGCGGAGGUCAGUCGUUGUCGUCACCGGGCUCCUGCCUGGAGGAUUUCCGCACAACACCGUUCCUGGAGUGCAACGGGGCCAAAGGAACAUGCCACUACUUCGCUAACAAACACAGCUUCUGGCUCAGCUCCGUCGAUCAGUCGUUCCACACUGAGCCGGCAUCAGAGACGCUCAAGGCGGGCCAGCUCCUGUCACGCAUCAGCCGCUGUCAGGUGUGCAUGAAGAACCUUUGAGAAAACUCUCAAUUCAUGUGGAAAAGAAAAAAAAAAACCUCCCAACGGUCUGAUGUCAUCUCUCUAUCCACAUAUUAACAAUCAUGUAAAUGAGAAACUGUCUUCACAAGCCACAGAGCUCAGAAAACAAAAAGACUGUCUGACGCCUCACAGAAUAGAAGACCCAACAGCAUUAUGGGAAAUUGAGUAUUUUGUAAUAAAUGUGGAUUGGUGCUUACUGUUUAACUUAUUACCUCAGCUAUGAGAUAUUAUCAACAAUAAGAUACAGAAUACAGCUGAACCAAAGACGCUUUAUGUACGCACUGCUUCAGUUUAUCUAUUAUACGUUUUGAUUGUUUAGGGUCUCCUGCCCACCAUACAGCCACUAACACUGCUCCAUUAGAGGUUUCAAUAAUGUUUGGUUGAUUACUAUCCACCGUAUUAUCUUGCUUUAAAAACCUAUUUUUAUAACAUGACAGUCUUUUCAGUGUUUCAUGUAAUUAAGAGCUUUUCAGAAGUUGUCUAUAACUCUCUUAUUUUCCAUACAAACGUUCACACAAUGCACUGAAUCUCUUUGUAUUUAUAUCAGCUGAAUAAACUUGACCCCCUCCUGAAAAGUUGUAAUGUACAGUCACAUCUUAAACCACUCAUGAUGCGUUCAUGUGCCUUUACAAAUGUACUGAAUGUAGGAUUGAACCGCCCACAGGACAGUAUGUAAACAGUUUGGAUCAAAGGUCUCACUGUAUCAAAAUCCUCCUGCGUCAGAUGAGAACACAAUUUAGAAAGUAGGUCAAAUGUUUUCUGCUUCACCUAGAUUCACUUGUUUGGGGGGACAAAUAAAUCCACUGAAAACAUUUGUUUAGCUUGUAAUAUAAUUACAGUAAGUUGUCAUAACAUGCUCAUUUCAUUAGAUUAGAUUAAAUGUUGUUUACUUCAGA